AUGAGGUUUCUUUUGCUUGUGCUGUGGGCGGCAGUCUCGCUAGCGCUAUCCAUCAAACCUCCUUUGGCUCCAACUCAAGAUCUGUUCUACGAUGUCCCUGCCAACGUCUCUGGAUACAAAAAUGGUGACAUCAUCAAAUGGAGAACGCCUCCAUCUCAGCUUCGUUCAAUCUACUUCCCCAUGAACGUGAAGAAUGCAUGGCAACUACUUGUCAAGACUGAAGACUCGUUCGGCAAUCCCACUGCUUUUGUCACCACAGUAAUGGAACCGUAUAAUGCGAUUCCUUCCAAGGUGCUUUCAUACCAGGCUUUCGAGGACUCCGCUUGUCUAGACUGCUCUCCCUCCUACUCUGUAUUGUACGGUGCUUCCAUGAACACCAUAGGUAUUCAGUAUGAGGUAGCCCUCAUGGAAAUUGGCCUCUCCAAAAACUGGUAUGUGGUACUUCCAGACUACGAGGGUCCAAAAUCUGCCUUUGGUGUAGGCCCUCAAUCAGGCAAGGCUACUCUAGACAGCAUCAGAGCAGCAUUGGCGUCUCACGAUUUCACAGGGAUUGAUGGCGACGCCAAAGUUGGUCUCUUCGGCUACUCUGGCGGCUCUAUAGCUUGUGGGUGGGCAUCUCAGCUUCAGCCCUCUUACGCUCCUGAGCUCAAAAAGCUGAUUGCUGGUGCUGCUUUUGGAGGCUUUGUCACCAACAUCACUCUGACAGCCAUUUCCAUUGACGGAACGUCGUUUUCUGGAAUUGCCGUGGCUGCCAUGAACGGCAUUAUUCAGGAAUUCAGCAGUCUCAAGUCCAUCUUUGUCAACCAGAUAAACCUGGAUAAGUUGUCGUUGUUCUACGAGGCAAAAACUCUUUGUUUGAAGCAGCUCGGUGGAGUGUAUCAUUAUGUUGAAUUGUUUACCGGCGCCAACCCUUGGAUGUACCAGGGCACCAGGUUCUUUGGUAUUCCACAGGUGGCAGCAGUAAUCAUGAAUACUACCCUAGCCGUGGCUCAGAGCGAUGGAGUUCCCGAGGUUCCUCUCUUCAUAUUCCAAGGACAACAAGAUGAAGUGGUGCCCUUGGAGCAGCCACAAAGAGCCUACGACAACUGGUGUUCUUGGGGAGCGCCCUCUAUUGAAUUUGCUCUUUCCAGCUCCAGUGGGCAUGUUCUUGAAGGAGCCACUGGUUUUGGAGCGGCUUUCGCUUGGCUAGAGAAAAUCUUCGAUGGGCAUGUUCCUGUGGAAGGAUGCACUCGUACAAUAAGAAAAUCCAAUCUCUUGUACCCUGGAGCCGAUGCCAACUAUCGUCAGUUCCUAGACACUUUGGUGAAAGGCAUAUUUGGGGCCAAAAUAGGUCAAGACACCGACAACUUGUCUGAGUCUACGAUGUUGAGCAAGGUGCUUGCUUACGUGCUUUCUGAGUGGUUUUCGCUCAUGAACCCGCUUCCACAGCCCCAGGUUGCUUUUGCGCUGUCGAACUCUACUGCCAGAAAUGAGACAGAAAGCAGGGUGUUCAAAGGGCUCGGUGAUGUGGUAAGACUAUGGAAAUCUACUGGGGUCAACCCAUGGAGCGUGUUGCAGAGAAAUGAGACGAUAAGUUUACGGUGA